GUUUAAAUUAGCCUCUAACCGCAACAAAUUCGUUGAUUCAAUUAAGGUUGUUUGGAAAUUAUUAACAGGGAAGCGCUCGUUAAAAGUUUCUCCAAUUACGUGACGAAUUAAUAAAUCAGUUUCCUCGCUGAAUCCGUUCGAAUACCACCAUUGUCCUUCUAUCAUACCAAGUAUAUUCAAUUACCAGCCAUCAGAUAGCUUCGAUAUCAAACCACCGAAACUCGUGGAAAUCUAGCCAUGGAUAAUUUUUCCCCGAUGCCUCGCCCCGAGGUACACGAGGCAUUCCUCAAGGAAGUCGUAGAGCUGAUGUUCAAGAACGUGGUGUUUACGACGCGCCGAGAUAAAGUGUUGCUGUGGCAAACGCCCGAACAGCUGGAAGAGCACUUCGAUUUCCAAUUGAAGCAAACCGGCGAAACGCACGACAAAUUAAUUGGCAUCCUGAAAAACACGAUCAAGUUCAGCGUCAAAACGGGACACCCCUAUUUUAUUAAUCAGUUAUUUUCCGGAUUGGACCCUUACGGUUUGGCGGCACAAUGGCUUACGGACUCGCUCAAUGCCAGCGUGUACACGUACGAGGUCGCCCCCGUUUUCACCCUGAUGGAGAAGCAAGUUAUAAAGGAAGUUUGCCGUAUGAUCGGCCCACAAUGGGAAGACGGCCUCUUUUGUCCGGGAGGUUCUUUCGCAAAUGGGAUUGCAGUGAAUUUGGCCAGAUUCCGCCGUUAUCCGGACGUUAAGUCGCACGGAGCCUCGCAUUUACCGAGAUUGAUUGUACUCGCCUCCGAGGAGUGUCACUAUUCGAUUUAUAAAUUCGCCGCUUUCCUGGGCAUCGGGGAAAACAACGUGUGCCGCGUGCUAACCGACGACAUCGGCAGGAUCGUCCCGUCCGACAUGGAGAAGAAAAUCGCGGAAAAUAUCGAACAAGGCGCCGUUCCCAUAAUGGCCGUCGCCACUCUAGGCACGACCGUGCGCGGAGCUUUCGAUCCGAUAAACGAAAUAGCGGAGAUUUGCAAAAAGCACAACAUGUGGCUCCACAUCGACGCCGCGUGGGGCGGCGGGUUGAUUUUCUCGCAAAAACACAGGGCGAAGCUCAACGGGAUCGAACGGGCUAAUUCUUUGGUAGUAAAUCCACACAAGCUACUGGCCGUGCCGCAGCAAUGCUCGCUUCUGCUGGUUAAGGAUCCUAAAAUUCUGCUCGAAUGCUACUCCAGAGGAGCGGAGUAUUUGUUCCAAAAGGACAAGCACUACGAUCGGAGUUACGAUCUGGGCGAUAAGUAUUUGCAAUGCGGAAGAAAAUGCGACGUUUUUAAAUUUUGGUUCAUGUGGAAAGCUAAGGGUUCCUCGGGCUUCGCGAAUCAUAUCGACACGCUAAUGGACGUGGCGGAAUACUUCGAGCAGCAGGUGAAUAAUCGCCCUGAAUUCCUGCUUGUUUCGGAGCGCCAGUACAUGAACGUUUGCUUCUGGUAUUUGCCGAGAUACUUGAGAUCGAAAACGAAUAUUUUGGAAAACGGCUCUCAACUGCACAAGGUGGCGCCGCAAAUAAGAGCUUUCAUGAUCAAAUGCGGAUCAGUAAUGUUGGGAUAUCAACCUUUGAAGGGACUGCCGAACUUCUUUCGCUUCGUUUCGCAGAAUUCUGCACUGACGAGGACCGAUGUGGAUUUCAUUUUGGAUCACAUACAGGAAAUAGGCGAUGCACUUUUCCAAUAAAACUUGGGGAAACGUUGAAAAUAUGUAGUUUUCAAGUAUUUAGCUUGUUUGAUUUAGGAGAGUAAUAAAUACGCUUCGUUUAUUGUUGCUUAUUAAGGGUAGUUUUAUGAAAUAACUGCUGGUUUUUAAGUGUGGUAUUUGGAAA